AGUUGCAUCCAAUCUUCCCGUAGUUGUUUCACAACGUGUUUUGUUUUGAUUCCAUUUUUCUUGAGAGAAACGAAAAUAAAGAAAAAAAAACGAGUGCAGUGCGUGGAAAAGUGGGAUGACGUGAUUUUCCGUUUUUAUUUUUACCCUUGAAGGAAAAACUUUCGUCAUCAGCAUCAGUACCUAGCGGAAAAGGGGAAACACGAUUGCAAGAGAAGUGGUGUGUGUUGUAUAAACAACUUGUUUUUAUGCGAAUCCACAGACGACGGCCGACUGUGCUCUAGUCUAGUGAAAAAAAUAAAAAUCAAGAGGAAACAGUUUUGUCAGAAUCUUGGAGGAGAACAGAUCAGUUUUUGUUGUGGAGAAUUUGUCUCUGUUUGUGCAGUGAAAGAAACUGUCAUCCAGUUUGCAGUUUGCAGGUGGUCUAAUGUGGUGACCUCGAGUGAUUUCAUUCAGAAGAACGUUCUGCAACUGUAUCAAUUAAGCGAAAAAUAAAGGAUCGAAGUCAAAGUUCAAGUUUAUAUCCGGGAAGUGUGUUAGAAUGGAUAAGCUGGAUCUGCUGCUGAAUGUCCAUAGCAAUCUGGAACCACCCAAACCGGAUGGCAGCACCUAUCUGAUGCGAGGGAAUUAUCACUAUUAUCAUUACGGGUGCGACGGAUUUCAGGAUGUGGGCUGGGGCUGUGGAUACCGAACGCUACAAUCUAUUUGCUCGUGGAUCAUCCAGAACAAAGACCUAGACAAAGAAGUUCCAAACAUUCCAACUGUCCAGCAGACGCUAGUGGAAAUUAAGGACAAACCGGAACGAUUUUUCGGUUCUCGCGAGUGGAUCGGCACGCUGGAAGCCAUCUACGUCAUCGAUACCCUGUUCGACGUUUCCUGCAAGGUCAUACACAUAUCCAAAAAAGAUAGCAUUACCAAACAUAGUGACACGCUGAAGGAUUAUUUCGAAACGUACGGCGGUUUGAUUAUGAUGGGCGGUGACAUGGAUGCAGCGUCAAAGGGCAUUGCCGGAAUCCAUGUCAGUGACGAUCAGGAUACAUAUCUGCUGGUCAUCGAUCCUCACUUUGUGGGAAAAAUUAAAACCAAAGAAGAACUGUACACGAAAAGCUAUGUGAAGUGGCAGAAAGUGGACGAGUUUGUAGACAGUUCGUUCUACAAUCUUUGCCUUCCGAUGUUGAAGGUGAAGGAUGCCCUCUAAAACUUGCACGCAUUCUCCAACAUAGUUGAUAUGGAAAACAUUCAAGAAGAAAUGUUACUUAGAUUAAGGAUAUUAUAGCAUCACAUAACGAAACGAUCGCACAUUUUCAUUGGAAACAUAGUUCAUCGUAAGUACACUGUACGAAAGUAGUAUGGAAUAGCAUUUAUUUGUAUAUAAGUAUGCCUAUUGUCCUCACAACAUACAACAAAACUUCCGUUCAGUUACACUAUGCUCCU